GCUGCCCACUGUACUCCAGUACCACGGCAACAAGCUGCUCACAGUGCUCCAGUACCACGGUGACAACAGGUGGCGGAGCGGGGACCAUGUCGGGCGAGGACGUGGCGGCGGACGCGCAGCAACUGCAGGAUCUGGAACUACAGAUCGACCAGACUGCUUUCUAUUUAACAAAAGUUUGGGAAGUCACAUCAUCUCUUUCAGCUCAAGUGGAAGACCUAACUGCAAAAUGUUCAGCAAAUGCUCAGUUUCUGAAAGCAUGGAGGGAUCUACUCAAAGAGGGGUAUGAAUCCCUGAAGCCAGACAACUGAUCAGAAAGAUGAGCAAUAUUAUUCUUUGAAGAACAUCAUGUUUGAUGUUGGAAGCCUAAUGACUCACUUUUAAAGUCAAGAAAGCCAUCAUCACUAGUAAACCAAAUGAAUAUAUAGCUAUCUAAAGAAGAGAAGAAUGGGAAAUAAUGGUAAAUAUAGUGUACAUAAGUACAUUCUAGAAGAUAUUUAUGUUGGAUAUUAAUUUGGUCCAAAGUGUAUCUUGCCAAUAAAUUGAAAGUUUUUAGCUCCUUGGGUCUAAGAAGAACAGCUGAAAUGAGCUGAAUCAAGAAAAUUAUCAUUUGAAACAGAAGUAAUUCUUCAAAGUUAAAAUGUACAUUUGUUUAGGCCUUGUCCACAAGUAGUUAUGUUACAUUUUGAUUCUUUCUAAUUGUCUUAGUUAAAUGAGAGGGAGACUUGUAUAUUUCCUUUGCCAUUAACCACAACUCUGACUUUUCUCCACUCCAGUCUUUGGAAUGCUCGAACUACAUUUUUUGAAUAUUAUUCUGCAAAUGGAUCUUCAUGUCUUGAUUCUGACUGAUAUAAAAACAUGGGCAGUGAACCCUAAAGUUGUUUACUAUCUCGAUAAAUGUGCCUCCCCUUAGUUACUUUAAUGUAAUCAGAAGCAUUGGUGAAAUAUUUUAUUUCUUACUGUGUGCUUUGCAUAUGGUAAGAAAUUAUUAGCAGAAGAAGGAUUAUACCUGGAAGCAUACCGAAUUCUGUGGCUGUUUUUUUCCCCUUUUAAGAUCUAAAUCAUCUAUAGUUUAUUGACCAUUCCAGUCAUAGCGAUGAUUAUAUUUUUGAGGGUUUUCUAUACAUUAGCAUUAAAAUGGCCGUACGUUUAAGAAAAGUGCAUUGCAGCAGCAAGUUUUGAUUAUAGUUAUUUGAUAUUCUUGAUAUUGAAAUGUUUUUAAAAUUAUCAAGUCUUUUGGGCAUAGUGGACAGUUUACUACUUAGCUUGAUUUUAAUUUUAGAAUUAUUAAAAAUAAAAUAUAUACACAAUACAACCAUUUAGUUUUUUCCUAAAAUAUAAAACACAAUACUAGUAAUAAUCAGGUCAAGCAACAAUGUGGAGAGAAAUAAACGUAGCAUGUCAAUGAUCGUUCAUCUUAAUCUUCAAUUGAAAUAUUAACUCAUUGUCUCUGUAGAUGGUUAACUUAUUGAACAUUUCCAUAAUUUUCUGCAGCAUCUUCAAUUUCUUUGGUGUUUUUUUUUCUCUGAAUUGUUAAUCUUUUUAUGUAGAUCCUCUAUGACUCAUUACAUUUCUUUGAUACAGUAUAUUGUACUGUCACAGGGAGGGGGUACCGAUUUUCAUUAUAUAAGUUCCAUCUUUUGCUAUCCUUUUCUAUCCUUUGUAUUCAGUGUUUGUUUGGAGCAGAUGUCUUGUGUAUUUGAUGUAUAUCCAUUAAACGGAACACUUUCAGAAAAAUGUUAUUUAGGUAUUCAUAUGCUGUAGUGACAUUGCCAAAUUAUUAAAUAAAAUUUCAUAUUAUGCAGUCAAA